CAACACGAACACAUUGCUUCAGAACUGGCAAAGAGAUGUGCAUGGAGGAGGUUGGCUAGCUGGUUCAGCAUGAUUAGCACCCUUGGAAGCAGAAAGAGGUUGGUUUAAUGAUUGCGAAUGAUUGUUUAUGUAUCUAAGAGACAGAAAGGUUGUUGUUAAUUCAUUUUAUUAAAUGCUGUAACAUAAAUUGUUUAAAAGCGAUUGAUUUAUGUCAAUGUCAUGAUUUGAGUUAUCAAAAUAAUUUUCUAUAUAGUAAAAUGUGAACAUUUCUGCACUUUCUACUUGAAUGUUAUAAUGGUAUUUGUUUGUGCAUCGUUAUAGUUUUCACGGUGCCAUAUUGUCGGUGGUAAAAGAGGAGAGAAUAAAGUUGCAUCAGUCGAAGCUCUCUGCGUCACGUGUGGUAAUUCCAAGUGGGCAGCUACAGUGAAAACUCCUUGACUGCAAGAGACCUGCCAUCCCUGCAGAGAACCUGACACCAUUUCAUCAGAGAUCCAGCUACCAACCUGUUACCAGCCAGCUGAUUCUGCUCGCAUCCACAAACUGCACUCGCAAGGUUAGAAAGAACAGCACACUAAAGCUCAGGACUCCAGAUACUGAAAGAGACAUUGACUACCAAGAAGAAACACGGAACUGCUUACACACAUGCACAAGCUUAAUGCAUAACUAGAAACUCUUUAAAUAAUAUUACGAGGCCAAAAUAAUUCAUGGACUUCCAACACACAAUAUUCCUGAAUCUGGUUAAUGUUUCUUGGAGAGCGAAAUGUGUUUUUUUUUUUUGUGGAAUAAUAAUUCACAGGAUGUCUGUUUAUGAAAAGGUUUAAAGGGUGAAGCUCAUUAGCUAAUUUAUGAACAUUUGUUGUUGCUGUCUUACACUAAACAUACCUUUGAAUGUCCAUAAUAAGUAAAUGUUUGACACAGCGUUACUCUGUGGUAAAGAUUAACUACAGCUUAAAAGUAUAGUCAGGCAGUAAGGCAAUCAAAGCUACAAUCGACUUAAGGCAGCUACGGAAACAAAAUGUCACUACCAGAAGAGCAAACAGACAACCCCACAAGCGCACCAUGUGAAUCCAGCUCACCAGAAGAAGAAACAGGCAACCCUACAAACGCACCAUGCAAAUCUAGCUCACGUGAGAGAAAAUUAACAGAGAAAGGCCUAGAGAUGCAAAAGCACGAUAUCAGAAAACGUGAAAAAUCAUUCAACAAGACUUAUGACUCUUGGAAGCUCGUAGCAAGGGAAACUAGAACAAAACUAAAAUCCCUCUGCUCAGCAGAAGACCUCAAUAAACUGCAGCAAAACAUUGAAGCAAAGCACGACGCUGUAAGUUCACAGUAUGAACCUAUCCUGCGUAACAGUAACACCACACCUGACAUUGUCAACAAAAUGGACGCCUGUGUUACGCUAACAAAGGAGGUAUGUAACCUCAUAAGUGACCGUCUAAAGACUGUUCAUGAGGAAUAUAAUAACCAGCUUGAGAAAGAAAGAGUAAGAGAGGUGUUAAGCAAGAACGAAUAUGGGUCUGUUUUUGGCAACAGCAUAACGGAAACUGCAAGCUCUAUAGAGUUGUCAGAGCAAUUGAGCCAUCACUCUGGCUCAUACUGUACCCGCAGCAGUAGAGUAGAUGCAGAAGCAGAGCUUGCUGCCAAGCUGGAGCAAUCAAAGGCUAUGGAAGAAAUUCGAGCACAGCAAGCACAUCUUCACAAGUUAGAAAGUGAAUGGAAACUCAAAGAGGCAAAAAUGUUGUCAGAAAUUAAACUAAAAGAGGUGGAAAUGCAACAACAGUUGGAACAAGAAAGAGCAAAACUACAGCAGUUACAAGCAGACAAAGAAGUUGCUAUAGCAACAGCUCGCGUGAAGGCGUACAACAGCCUUGAAGGAUUUGAGAACCACAACGGGGAAAUUGACAGCAAAAUUAGCUCUGCUUGCUACAGAAGGCAAAUUGAACCUCAACUGAAUCCAAACGCCGCAUCAUUCCAACCUCACCAAGCAAUUCCAGAAAUGACAAUGACCCAGGAGUCUGUCAGCUUAGCACAAGCAAUCGCUAGCUCAUUAAGUAUGAAUCGCUUGCCAGUCCCUGAGCCUGCCACAUUCAGUGGGGACCCUUUGCAGUUUACCGAUUGGAAGAUGUCAUUCAUGAAUCUGAUUGACCGAAAACCCCUUCCAGCAAGCGAGAAGAUGUUUUAUCUGAAAAAUUAUCUUGCAGGCGAAGCACGCAAAGCGGUAGAAGGUUUCUUUUACCAAGAUUCAGAAAAUGCAUACAAGGGAGCAUGGAAGGUUUUAGAUGACAGAUAUGGGAACCCAUUCAUUAUACAGAAAGCAUUUCGUGAUAAACUCAUGAGAUGGCCAAAAAUCAGCGCAAAUGACCCACUAGCACUACGAGAGUUUGCCGAUUUCCUCAAAGGAUGCUCUGAAGCAAUCACAUACAUCAAAGGACUAGCUAUCCUAAAUGAUUGUGAAGAAAAUCACAAAUUGCUCAAAAACUGCCAGAAUGGAUCGUGCGCGCAAGUGGAGUCGAAUUGUUGUAGAUGA